GCAUCUUAAGAUCGCUCCUCCCCCUCUGCCGACCGCCAACACACACGUUUGAAUUGCUUGAUUUGAUGCAUUUUGACAGCUUCUCGCUGAGUAGACUAGAGAAACAGCCAAGCUCGCUAAAGAAGUAUCAUCAGUAAAAAUUUUUACAAAAUUGGAAAUACCGGUAUUGUCAUGCGUUCAAGCCUACAGCUUUCAUCAUAAUACCUCUGGGUAGAGUAAGUAGGAGGAAGGCAAACACUGAAACCAGCAACACAAAUACACCACCUGGAAUAUUGAUCUGUGUAGGUAAUCAGGGAAUAAAGGAACAGAAAUAGAAAAUCUGUUCUGUUGGAUUCACGUGAGAAUUGUAGGCCCGUAGACGCAGAGAGCUUUUCAAGAUGCAGAAGGAGCUUGAUGUUGAUGGAAUUAUUAAGAAACUGCUAGUAGUAAGGGACACGCCAAAACAGGCAUCAUUACCAGACACACAAAUUCGACAACUAUGUCAGCUAUCGCGAGAGAUUUUCCUGAAGCAGUCGAUGGUAGUAGAACUGGCGGCACCAGUCAGAAUUGUCGGCGAUAUACACGGACAGUUCGAUGACCUAUUGAGGCAUUUCGACAAGCUAGGAUACCCACCCGAGGCCAACUUCAUUUUUCUUGGUGACUACGUAGACAGGGGAAAGAAGUCAUUGGAAACAAUCUGUCUACUAUUAUGUUAUAAGAUCAAAUACCCAAACAACUUCUUCCUACUAAGAGGGAACCACGAGUGUGCCAGCAUCAACAGAAUAUAUGGGUUCUAUGAUGAAUGCAAGAGGCGAUACAACAUCAAACUGUGGAAGACUUUUACAGACUGUUUUAAUUGUCUUCCAAUUGCUGGGGUAAUAGAAGGCACAAUAUUCUGCAUGCACGGAGGCUUGUCACCAGACUUAAAAACCAUCAACCAGUUACAGAACAUCGACCGCCCCCUGGAAGUCCCUGAUCACGGCAUGGUCUGUGACCUUCUAUGGUCUGACCCUGAUGAGGAUAUUACAGGCUUCGGGGAGAAUGAUCGUGGUGUGUCGUACACCUUUGGAGGAGAUGUUGUACGUCACUUUUUGAAAGACAACGACCUCAGUUUAAUAGUCAGAGCACAUCAGGUCGUUGAAGAUGGUUAUGAAUUUUUCCAGAAGCGGAAAUUAGUAACAAUCUUCAGUGCACCUAAUUACUGUGGUGAGUUUGAUAACGCUGGUGCUGUUUUAUGUGUCACAGAUGACCUAACAUGCUCAUUUUCUAUUUUGACGCCUGAUAACAAAAGAAUGAUUGCAAAUAAGAAGUGAUGAUGCCUUGAAUGAAUUUAGUCUACAAUUGUAUCUGUUGUGCUCUAGUUCUUUUAUGAAUAGAGUUGUGUUUUUCAGAGUUUAUGCAAUAUUGAAUUGAUAACAAUAAUCUGGUUGUCUUUGUGAUGAAUGUCUUCUCCAAGAGUUGAUGAAAAAGGAGCAUGGAGAUUUUAUUGAACAUUGGAAGAUUGAAAUUUACAUUUAAUGAACAGUUUUAAAUGGUGUUAGUUAAAAUUGAAAUUUUGUUUUUGUAGAUCUCAUGACUGGUAUUUAUUUUGAGGAUUAUUGAAUAGAAAUCUGGUUUAAAUAAUGUUUAGUGUUUAUUUAUUUUUUUUUUUUCAAAGUUUAUGCUGUGUUCCAGCAAAGGUCUUUGCAAAUUUGUAAUUUGUUAAGGGUUCCGAAGAUGCCAUUGGUGAAUAUGUACAUCAUAUCAUACAAGUUUAACGAAUGGUGAUACAGUGCACCAUAUAAUUUGAGACCCCCUCUAAUUCCGAGACCCCUCUAAUUCGAAACCACUUUUAACACAAAGUGGAGACCAACCCUGAGACCAUCUAAAUUAUUACAUCUCACAGUCUUGAAUUUGAGGGAAAACUGUACUUAGAAUUAUAAAUUCUAUGAUUGAAGACGGUUGGAGUAUACUAAUCAAAGUUUGGGAGGUCAUAAUCCAAUGGGUUCUUUUCAAAAUCAAAUACCAUGGUACCAACCAAAUACCAACUGAGCAUCUUAGCAAAGGCCACAUGGUGUAAGAAAAUUAUUGUCAAAUCACCAUGCCAACCAGGGGUGUACGGUGAAAAAUCUAAGGGGGGGUCGAAACGAAAGUUCAGGGGGCAAGCUGAACUCGGAGCAAUUUAGCGAAGCUUUCAGAAUUCGCUGGGUGCGUUAUUUGUGAGUGAAGCGAGCAUAUUUAAAGGGCACUUUCUUUAAAAGAGGGUCGACCGCACCCAUCGACCGCACCCAUCGACCGCACCCAUCGACCCCCCUCAGGUAACCCCUGCCAACAUUCUAGAUUUAAAUGAUAAAUAUAUUAAAUUUCUAAGGCUUCUAAAACAGCGUUUGUGAAUCAUAAAAUUAAGUAGACAGUUAAAGUUUUGAGAGCGUAAAUAUGAAUUUAUUGCCCUGCUUGGAAUUGUGUACAUGUGGUAUUGUAAACAAUACUUCAAGUUUUGUUCGAUAUAAUUGGAAUGCUAUGCACAUGUUGCGAUCACCGUCCUUCGUAGGCCUUGACUACUGUGCACUUGAACACAGCAUAAAUUGAGGUACAUCAUCUGCUUUAGAUGUUCCAUUCAGUGUCCUUAUAUUUUUUAGCUUAACCUUAAUAUUUGGUAUCACUUUCUAUUAUCUUUCUAUAAUAUAGAAUUUCAACAAUAUGGUUUUUACAUGAAAAUCCUUGUCUGCAUAACAUGUUUUCAUACAUGAAUAUAUAUACAUAUGAUAUUGAU